CAUGAAUACUUGAGGUGCACCAACUAUGCGUCAUUCUGUGUACUGGCGAAUACUUCUGUUUUGUCUGUGUUCAGUUGUAUCAGGUCUAGACAAAUCAUCAGUGCGCUUGGUGAACGGUUCAAACGACCACGAAGGAAGAGUUGAAAUAUUGCAUGACGGACAAUGGGGUUCAAUCUGUGAUGACGGAUUUAAUGACAACGGGGCUCAGGUUGUCUGUCGCAGCUUAGGAUUCCAGAGUUUCAAUGCAAAAUUCUAUCGUCAAGCUCACUUCGGACAAAGAACAGGGCCGAUCUGGCUUGAUAAUGUUAACUGUACGGGCAGCGAACAAAACCUGGAUCAGUGUUCUUUCCCUGCCUGGGGAAUACACGACUGUGUACACAAAGAAGACGUCGGAGUCAGAUGUCAGUGUCUAGACAAAUCAUCAGUGCGCUUGGUGAACGGUUCAAACGACCACGAAGGAAGAGUUGAAAUAUUGCAUGACGGACAAUGGGGUUCAAUCUGUGAUGACGGAUUUAAUGACAACGGGGCUCAGGUUGUCUGUCGCAGCUUAGGAUUCCAGAGUUUCAAUGCAAAAUUCUAUCGUCAAGCUCACUUCGGACAAAGAACAGGGCCGAUCUGGCUUGAUAAUGUUAACUGUACGGGCAGCGAACAAAACCUGGAUCAGUGUUCUUUCCCUAGCUGGGGAAUACACGACUGUGUACACAAAGAAGACGUCGGAGUCAGAUGUCAGUUACCUGUACGGUUAGUGAACGGAUCAGACAUUUCAAGCCAAGGUAGAGUUGAGAUCCAGAUCAACGGAACAUGGGGAACUGUCUGUGAUGAUGGAUUUGAUAGCAGGGCUGCUGCAGUCAUCUGCGCCAUGAUGGGAUUCAGUCGAUAUCUAGCUCGUGCUGUUUCGAAUGCUGGUUAUGGACAAGGUGUUGGACCAAUCUUCUUCGACCACUUAGCUUGCAGAGGGAAUGAGUCACUCGUCACAGAUUGCCCAGGGAAUCCUGUUGGACAACACAACUGUACGCACUCUGAAGAUGCAGGUGUCAUAUGUCAGACAAUUGGUGUACGUCUGGUUAACGGUUCUACCAGAAAUGAUGGAAGAGUUGAAGUAUUAUAUAAGGAUAAAUGGGGUUCAAUCUGUGAUGACGGUUUUGAUCAGGCCGAGGCGGAGGUUGUUUGUCGCAUUCUGUCAUUGCCAAGUCAUAAUGCAAAGUCAUAUGGAAGUGGUCACUUUGGACGAAGUAUGGGACCGAUAUGGCUUGACGAUGUUGACUGUGUGGGGUCUGAACAAUAUCUGGAUCAAUGUUCUUUCAGUGGCUGGGCCAAAUCCAACUGUAGCCAUGAGGAGGACGUUGGUGUCAGCUGUCAGUUUGGUCCAGACUCUGUUAAAGUUAGUCCACUACCACCUGGGUAUGUAGCAGAAGGACAGAGUCUGACUGUAACGUGUGUUGCUGACUGUCAUCCACCAUGCCACUAUUACUGGACACAAGGGAGUCAACACAUCACAUUCAGACCGGUGUUAACACUAUCAAACAUCAACAUGAGUCAGUCGGAUAAUACUUACACGUGUACUGCAAAGAAUAUUGGCACAGAUGUAUCUAGAAGUAAAGAGUUCUUGCUAAUAGUUCAUAGUACACCAAGUAUUCCCUCUAACAUCAGCACACGCAGCAUCGGUCCAACUGUUGUGUCUAUAACGUGGGUAGAGGAAUUCAAUGGUGGAUCAACACAGAUGUUUUUUGUACAAUACCGAGGAUAUGCAACAUCGCAGUGGACGAAUUUUACUGAAAUAGUUUCUGAAAGAGGUAUCGGCAUAAAGCACACUAUUGUGAUAUCAGAUCUACAUCCAAAGACGAGAUAUCUGGUGCGAGUUCUGGCCUUCAACAAAUAUGGAUACAAAGACUUCACAGAGGAUCAGGAAAUUUUGACAGCAGGCGUGUCUGAUGGAUUGAACCUUUUAGCAGUGGCAGUAGGCAGUGGAUCAGGAUUCAUCAUUUUGAUUCUGCUUCUUAUUGGGAUUAUUUCGGUCUGUCAAAGAAGAAAAACUAAAGAAAAAGCCAGUGAAGAUAUUACAUGUGAUUCAAGCCAGCCAAACACUAGGUUACAGAGAGUCAGGGAACAUUGCAACCAAACUUAUGAACAUGAUAGAACGGAUGCUAUUGUGAGAACUGCGUGCGACGAGGAACCACCAUACGAUACAUUGAUACUUACCGAAGACCUAACACAAGAUAGCAGCACGGAUGUUAUUGUGGGAACUGCGUGCGACGAGGAAGCAUUAUACAAUAUAUUCAUAGUUAACGAAGACCUAACACGAGAUAGCAGCACGGUUGCUAUUGUGAGAACUGCGUGCGACGAGGAACCACCAUACGAUACAUUGAUAGUUAACGAAGACCUAACACAAGUUUUCAGACUGAGACCAAAAUAGUGACAACAAGAAGCAGAAUCAAGAUGAUGAAUCCUAAUCCACUGCCUACUGCGACUGCUACAAGGUUCAGUUCAUCAGACACGCCUGGAAUUAAA